AUGUCUCUUCCUUUGUGCCGUGUGCAGGCGCUCACGCUGGAGAGCAUUCUGUCCAGGAUGAUGCAACUCUUUGACGCCCGUAAGCAGAAGCUAAAGGAUGCGAAGGCCCAUUUCGAAAAGGUCAUGCGCGACCAGGAGCUGCUCAAGCGGUUCGACGACGACUACUUUGGCAAACGCGAGGCCUACUACCACAAGGCGAGCACGGUGGAGCCUUCGGGAAUGAAGGCGCACCUGGAGGCGUACGGGAUAACGCAGGAGGUCAAGGCCAUGCACGGCAUCUGCGGCAAAAAGUCCCUGCGCCUCUCCAAGGACACCGGACAGGCGUCGGACGUCCAGAAGCACAUCCUCGCCGUCAAGCGAGGUCAUAAGUUCCCGUUGCCCUACCUCGUGGUGAAGCAGAGCCAGGGGGAGGGGGACCGGGAGGGGGAGGAGAUCAGCAACAACCGCAUCGCCUCCUUCUACUUCAAGUCCAUCGCCAUGAAGUACCUACGCGAGACGUGGGGAGCCAACACCCGACGCAAGCACUUCCGCCACAUCCGCUCGUGGUUCUCUAAGAACGACGACGACGUAGGUAACAAGGCCAAGGCCAAGGGCGACGAGGAAGAGGAGGGCGACGAGGAGCUCGAUGGCGACCACGAAGAAGAGGACAUGUGGGUGUGUGGAGCGUGCACCUACCUCAACGUGCAUGGGCGCCAGAAGUGCGAGAUCUGCGAAACGCCCGCCCAGCAGCACGAACUCGGCAAGGAUAGGCUGGCCGAGAAGAAGAGCCGGAACACGGCGUCGGCCUCGUUCAUGGGCCAGUGCUCCGCCAAAUUCCUCGGGGGCAACUUCUUCGGGAUGGCCGAUCAUCGGUUGUACUGCCUCAUCUGCCACCGCAAGCACGCCUGCGCCUCCGAGACUCCCCUGGUGUGUUGCGCGGAGAGGUGCGUGCACUACUACGAGGCCAUGCAGAUGGGCCAGAGCUUCGCCACCACCGUCGUGUGUACGGCGCCAUCCAUUCCCGCGCUCUACCUGCCUGGUCCCUACACGUCGUGCAAGGCGCAGGACAAGAUCGACCGGGAGGAGGCCGUGGUCGCCACCUUUGCCAUGUCGGAUCUCGAGGGGCAGGAGAUGGACAGGCAGGCCGCGGAGCUCCUGCUCAACAUGUACCGCCACCAGUUCCUGCCCAAUUCGGACGUGAAGAAGUUCUUCUUCAACGGGUUCAAGUCGUGGUGGGGGCUCGGCGGAACCAUCAAGGCUGGCUGGCAGCCACCUCAUCACGACGCGGCGGCGGCGGCGGCGGCGCAGGUGACGAGCGUGACGAAUGUGAUGCGGCCGGAGCUCGUGGCUAGGGGCAACGACGUGGGCCAUAAAUCGGAUACCGGGUGGUGGGGAGGCGGCAUUUACCUGAGCCCAGACCCCAUGGUGUCGUCGUCGUAUGCGUGGAAUUCCAAGCUGAUCGUGUGUGCCGCCCUCCUGGGCCGCCCCUACCACUGCAAGCAGCGCAUGGACGGACAGGCCUGCCAGAAGGGGUAUGACUCUCACAUCUCCCCCUGGUGGAGCCUCAGUGGCAACCUCGGCAAGGAAUGGGUUCUGUUUGAUGAAGGUCAGGUGAUGCCCUGCUACGUCAUCUCCUUCCACAAGCAGUAG